AACUGGGUUGGCGCUGCACGAAGACGCAGAAAAUGGCAGAACUGGAGGAUGUGACGCUAGACGGGAGGCCGCUGGACAGCCUUCGGGUCACCGAUUUAAGGGCGGCGCUUGAAGAGCGGGGAUUAGCUAAAAGCGGUCAAAAGAGCACACUGAUGAAGCGUCUAAAAGGGGCUUUAAUGUUGGAAAACCUGCAGAAACAGUCUACUCCUCACACUGGUUUCCAGCCAAACUCGCAGAUGGGGGAAGAAAUGGGACAAAACAGUUUCAUAAAGCAGUACCUGGAGAAACAGCAGGAGCUGCUCAGGCAGCGUCUACAGAAAGAAGCACGAGAGGCACAAGAAACAGAAGAAACUUUUGCAGAUUCUGAGGAUGAAAACAUGAACCCUGACAUAGUGCCAGAACCUCCUGAUAUUAUCUGUGAUGUUCUGAGAAUGCCAGAAGUAGAACUGGGAAAACAUACUCCUAAAAAAAGUCAUUCAGUUUUGGAAGACCCAAACGAAUCUGAAGAAGAGUUGCCCAAGAAGCGCGAGAGGAGGUCAUCUCGAGUAAAACAGACCAAAGUUUCUAAGCCAAGUGUAGUUACACAACCAGUGCAAGAACAAGAACCACGUAGGACAUCAGCACGUGCACGUAAAUCUGCUGCAAGAGAAGAAGUAGAAGAGGUAGGUGAAGAAGGGGAGGAAGAAAUGGAAGAAGAAAAAGAGCCAGCAGUUGAGAAGGAUGAGGAAGAAACUCCAAAAAGAAGAAGAUCCUCCAGAACAACUGCUGCUGUUCAGCCCAAAAAGUCACCAAAAUUAAAACGAUCUCCUUCCCCGCCUGAGUUAUUAGAACCUGUUUCUAAAACAGCAACUCUUGAAGGAGAAGAGACUUCAGAAGAACGUGUUCCUCCAAUGCUAUCUCUUGAAGGUAUUCACCAACAAAUUUCUGAGAAGCAAGUGUCACCAGUGUCUGAAAAAAACACCUCUUCAAAGCUGCUCAUCAAAGAGAGCCCGAAGAGUCAUAGAUCACCACAGAAAUGGAGACGCCAGAGGGGAGAACGAAUUGACACUGGUACAGAUGCUGAAGUACUGCAAGCACCAGACAGUGUUAUUCAACAGACUACAUGCAGUGAAAGGGAAGAUGAAAAAAUGGAGAUUGUACAGCAGGGUGAAGACACUAAGUGUACCUCCACACACACAACAGGUGCUACUACUGCUAAGGUUGCAAAAGGAAGGGCAUCUCUGGUUUUGAUGAAGCCUCCGGUUCGUUCAAAAUUGGAAGGGAAAACAUCUGUGUGUACACAAAGUCUGCAGAUAGUGGAAAAGUUAUCAUCAAGGGGUGUUCAGGCUAUGUCCAUAUUAGAAAAACAAGAACCAGAUCCUUGUUCUAAAUUAAAAGACAGACAGUCUUUGUCAAACUCUCCUGAAUUAGUAAAAUCAAGUGUUAAGUCAAAAUCUUUGCAUGAAAAAUCAGAUGCAAGUUCAUUGUUAGUUAGUGGUCCAAAUGAAUCAGCUUUUUCUCCUAGCUUACCUAGAACAAGAAGGUUAAGGAAUAGAACAUCAAGUGCACAACAAGACCAACCAGAAAAUGUACAAACUCCACCAGCAGUGGAUCUUCAGGAGAAAGCACAAGCACCAGUGAUACUGAAUGAGCCACUGGAUAACGAGCAAGAAAGUGUUCUAAAAGUAUCUGAAUGUAAACAGACUGAGGUCCAACCAGAGAAGCAAACUGAAACCAGGCCACAUAGAACUGAAAUAGAAGUAAAAACAGAAGAGAUUAUUGACGCACCUCAAUUGGAUGAUUCAUUAGCAUCAGAAGCAAAGGAAACCAGCAGCACCAACACUUUCAAUGUAAGUUCUGUCACAGAAAAUGUAUGUUGUUCAGUACCAUCAGAAUUGGAAGAGUCCUCCUUAAAUAUCAGACCUCGUACUGAAGAAAUCUCUUUGGUUAAGGAAGCCCCAGAAAUGGCUGUAGAAAACAAGGAAUCAUUGAGUACAGAAGAAACUUUGGACACACAAAAUAGCCCAGUGGUACAAGACUCUGCAAAUGUUGCAUCUGUAGAAGCCAUUGUUCCUGAAAUGGUCCCAGACACACAACAGUCCUUGCAUACACAAGAGGAGACCUCAGUGAAGCCAUAUAAAAAGCGACAAAGAGAUGACGAAUCGGAGUCUGAAACAGUGACAAAAGAUUGUCCUAUGAUUGUAGAUGAGGCAUUAGAAAACACUGAAGAUAUUUCAAUGACUCCAGUGCCCAUGUCACCAACUAAACAAGAACCUAUAACUAUAGAUGAAACUGCACAGGCUGCCAUGAGUAUAGAGGAGUCCCUUAACAUUUUAACAGCUGAGGAUGUGAGAAUGGAUGCCAACCAGGAAGACACUAGACCAUUGACUGAAGUUGACACAACUGCAUCCUCAUCAGCAUUAUCAUCAUGUAGUAACUCGGAUGUAGUAUUGGAAAAUUCUGUAGAACAACAAUCAGAUAAUGUCUCUCCGCAACAAGGUCAAGAAGCAACAGUCACCAAUAAGAUUUCCCAUGAAUCUGAAAUAUCACAGCAGGACAGUGUUAUGGACCUAGAAGUCACAGAAAAUAAUGUGAGUGACAGGGAUUUACCAGUUAAUUCAGACAGAGAAAAUCCUACCAGUCCCUCAAAACCUGAUAUGCAGGACAAUAAUGUUGAUGAAUCUGUAUCAAUACCUGCAGCUGAAAAAUAUGUUAUUGCCCAGAGUACUGCAGAAGUUGUUCGUUCAAAAGAAUGUAAAGAUAAUAGUGUGGUUCCAGAGGAAGUUAGCGUUCAACCUUCAGAGACUGCCAUUGAUACUCAGCAGUCUGAUGUGACAAUGGCAGAGGAGGACGUUCCAGUUAUUGCACAGGAAGAGGAUGAAUUGAAGAAAGAAUCAGUUUCUGAAGAUCAUGAAGAAAAGUCGGUGGAAGAGCACAGAGAACUAGAAAUUCUUUCUACACAGCCACCUGAACAUGAAGAAAAGUCAGCAGAAGAACACAGACAACUAGAAAUUCUUACUACACAACCACCUGAACAUAAGGAAAAGUCAGUGGUAGAACACACAAAACUAGAAAUUCUUACUACACAACCACCUGAACAUAAGGAAAAGUCAGUGGUAGAACACACAAAACUAGAAAUUCUUUCUACACAACCACCUGAACAUGUAGAAAAGUCAGUGAAAGAACACACAGAACCAGAAAUUCUUUCUACACAACCACCUGAACUUAAAGAAAAGUCAGUGGAAGAACACACAGAACUAGACAUUCUUACUACACACCCACCUGAACUUAAAGAAAAGUCAGUGGAAGAACACACAGAACUAGACAUUCUUUCUACACAACCACCUGAACAUGAAGAAAAGUCAGUGGAAAAACACACAGAAUUAGACAUUCUUUCUACACAACCACCUGAACAUGAAGAAAAGUCAGUGGAAGAACACACAGAACCGGAUAUUUUUUCUACAAAACCACCUGAACAUGUAGAAAAGUCAGUGGAAGAACACACAGGACCAGAAAUUCUUUCUACACAACCAUCUGAACUUGAAGAAAAGUCAGUGGAAGAACACACAGAACUAGAAAUUCUUUCUACGCAACCACCUGAACUUGAAGAAAAGUCAGUGGUAGAACACACAAAACUAGAAAUUCUUUCUACACAACCACCUGAACAUGUAGAAAAGUCAGUGGAAGAACACACAGAACCAGAAAUUCUUUCUACACAACCACCUGAACUUGAAGAAAAGUCAGUGGAAGAACACACAGAACUAGAAAUUCUUUCUACACAACCACCUGAACGUAAGGAAAAGUCAGUGGUAGAACACACAAAACUAGAAAUUCUUUCUACACAACCACCUGAACAUGUAGAAAAGUCAGUGGAAGAACACACAGAAAUUAUUUCUACACAACCACCUGAACUUGAAGAAAAGUCAGUGGAAGAACACACAGAACUAGAAAUUCUUUCUACACAACCACCUGAACAUAAGGAAAAGUCAGUGGUAGAACACACAAAACUAAAAAUUCUUUCUACACAACCACCUGAACAUGUAGAAAAGUCAGUGGAAGAACACACAGAACCAGAAAUUCUUUCUACACAACCACCUGAACUUGAAGAAAAGUCAGUGGAAGAACACACAGAACUAGAAAUUCUUUCUACACAACCACCUGAACAUAAGGAAAAGUCAGUGGUAGAACACACAAAACUAGAAAUUCUUUCUACACAACCACCUGAACUUGAAGAAAAGUCAGUGGAAGAACACCCAAAACUAGACAUUCUUUCUACGCAACCACCUGAACAUGAAGAAAAGUCAGUGGAAGAACUCACAAAAGUAGACAUUCUUUCUACGCAACCACCUGAACAUGAAGAAAAGUCAGUGGAAGAACACACAAAAGUAGACAUUCUUUCUACGCAACCACCUGAACAUGAAGAAAAGUCAGUGGAAGAACACACAAAAGUAAACAUUCUUUCUACGCAACCGCCUGAACAUGAAGAAAAGUCAGUGGAAGAACACACAAAACUAGACAUUCUUUCUACGCAAUCACCUGAACAUGAAGAAAAGUCAGUGGAAGAACACACAAAACUAGACAUUCUUUCUACGCAACCACCUGAACACAAACUAGACAUUCUUUCUACGCAACCACCUGAACAUAAUGUGGAAGAACCAAAAGUAACCCAGUUACCCUCACCACCCCCAAAUGAGGUUGAUAGCAAAUGUGUUAUGCAAGCCACAAAAGAAGAUGAAAAUCAAAGUACACAAACUAAUGAGGGUGAGGAACAAACUGUCUCAGUGGCACCAUCAGAGCUAAAGCAGCCACAGGUAGAAUGCCUUAUAGAUGUAGCUAUUGCGACAGACCAGAUAUUGUCCCCUGACACAGAGAGCAAUGAAGUUAUUGAUAUAUCAGAAAAAACAGAACCUCAAAAGGAAGAUGAACCAGUUAAAUCAAACAAUGAUGAAUCACCUGUUCAUCAUACAAUGGAUGAAGUGCUGCCCAAUAAAGAGCAGUACCAUGAAGUAGAAGAAGAUUCUCCUGAACCAGUAGAUGUUGCAAAGAAGGCCACUGUGGUAGAAUUCCGACGAAGUAGGACCUCUUCUUCUUCUUCUUCAUCCUCCUCCUCUUCAUCUUCUUCAUCGUCAUCUUCUUCCUCAUCCCGCUCAUCACGUUCUUCUACCGAGAAGUCAUCCCGUUCUAGAUGUAGCUCCCAUUCUAAGUCCUCAUCACCAGAAAGGCAAGAUCAGAAGUCACAGUCCUCAAGGUCUUCAACUCCUCACAGUGACAAGGAUCAAUUGUGUAGUGAGAGAUCUGAGGCCGAAUGCAUUGCAGCCAUGUCUUCUGAAGUCUUGCCUUUGGAAACAUUACAGCCCCCGCCAAGUACCUCUUCACCUCCUCCACAAACUACAGUGUGGCUGCAGAGAGAGGCCUUUAACCAAGGACACAGUCCUUCCCCUCCUGGCCAUGGAGAACGACGUAGGCCGCAUGCUACAUAUGAUGAAGAAGAGCAAGAACAGAGUAAGAGAAUAAGAUUAGAUCCACAGCCUGAGGAUCAGGACCAAAACAGUCCUGUCCCUGGGGAGCAGGAGGUGGAAGAGGAACACAGCCCAGGAGACAACAAUGUUGCACCAGAGAGCGGGGCCAUGGACGCCGCAGAAAGUCACACAGAGGGUGAGGUCCAAGAGGCUGCGCCAUCCCAACCCCAGGAAGAGGACUGCGACACCAACGAGAAGAAAGAGAGUACAACACCACCAAAAACGUUUAAGAGGAAGAUCUCGGUUAUAUCGGCUGCAAAGUGUUCCAGUCAGCCUUCUCCAGUGUCUACUAUAAACAGUGACAGCGAGGGAGCACACCCUGCGCGAAGGAGGCGGUGGGGCGCCAGCACCGCUACUACACAGAAAAAGCCCUCAAUCAGUAUCUCUACAGAGUCACUGAAGAGUUUAAUCCCCGAGAUUAAAGAAAUCAAGCAAGAGGCAGUGGUGGAUCUCCAUGCUGAGGAUGCUCGUAUUUCUGAAGAUGAAAGUGAACGUAAUGGAGAUGACAAUUCCCAUGACAAAGGGCUGAUAUGCAGGACAGUCACACAGGUUGUGCCAGCUGAGGUGCAAGAAAAUGGGCAAGAGGAGGAUGAGGUGACAUACCAAAAUCAGUCAGAGGAAGCACCUACCGCUGUACAAGAACCUGCUCCUAUGGAGGUAGAGCCACCACCUCCCAGUGAACAAGAAGUCAAAAAGCCAUUACCAGAAAGCCCAGCACAGGCAGAGGUCAGAGUCACUUUGGGAGAUACUCUAUUGAGGCGGUCAAUCAGUCAGCAAAAGACAAGUGUCUCUAUUAAUGACGACCCAGUGCGCUCUGCAUCCAAACCCUCACCCCCUCGACGGAAGCCAAGCUGUAUUGUACAUAUAUGUAAUCUGGUCCGACCUUUCACUUUGGGGCAACUCAAAGAAUUGCUCUCGCGUACUGGUACCAUUGUAGAUGAACAUUUCUGGAUAGACAAGAUUAAAUCUCAUUGUUAUGUUACGUAUUCUACAGUAGAAGAAGCUGUUGCUACAAGGAAUUCUCUGCAUGGAGUGAGAUGGCCCCAAUCCAAUCCUAAAUUCUUAUCUGUAGACUUUGCAGAACAAGAUGAGCUGGACUUCCACAGAGGUCUUCUUCCAGAGAGACCACCUGAACGAAACCAGAAGAGCCCCCACCAACACACACACUCUCAUUCGCACGCAUAUGCCCCUCCAUUACGCGGUGAACACCGGGAACAUGAACGUGGUGUGAGAGAACAGUGGGCUGAGAGGGAGCGUGAGAUGGAGAGGAGGGAGCGUACUCGAUCGGAACGAGAGUGGGAUAGAGAUAAAAUUCGGGAGGCUCCCAGGUCACGUUCCAGAGACAGACGGCGUAAAGAGCAUGCAAAGUCCAAAGAGAAAAAGAAUGAAAAGAAAGAGAAAGUUCAAGAGGAACCUCCAGCUAAACUCUUGGAUGACUUAUUCCAUAAAACCAAAGCUGCCCCUUGUAUAUAUUGGUUGCCCCUCACAGAUGAUCAGAUUGUAAAGAAAGUAGCAGAUAGGGCAGAGCGAGCGAAAGAAAGAGAGAAGCGCCGUAAAGAACAGGAAGAGCUAGAAGAGGAAGAAAGAAAGGAGCGAGCAAAGGAAAGGGAGAAGGAGGUCGAGCGAAACAGAGAGCGGGCACGUGAGGCCGAGAAAGAGAAAAGGAGAGAGCACAGCAGAGAACAUCCUCGUGAGCGAGAACGUAGGGAUCCUAAAAGGCACAGCAGGAGUCGCAGCAGGAGUACACCAGUGAGAGAUAGGGGAGGACGACGCUGACUCCAGUCUGAGGCUUUUCCUGACUGUCCACUCGGCUGCUAUACGCCUGUCCAGGGCAGGUGGCGAUAAAGUUCUUAUAACUGUGUAGGCGUUUGAAGGAGCAUUACUCACCAUGCUCCUUCACAAGCAAAUUGUUUCUUUUGUAAGAAACACUCAGGCAAGGAGACUGUAUCCUUCAGUAGGAUUCAUGAUACUCUGUCUGUAUUCAGACUCCCAUCCUUGGAACCUUGUCUGCCUACUUGUCCCCUCUUUCCUUUCUUUUCCCAAAUUCUUUAAUUCUAACUCUGUUUUGAGGAUUAUCGUUCAGAUGAUCAUUGGUUCAUCAUUGGACUCUCCUGAAAAGUUUGUGCAAUGAGGCUCAUCUCUCUCUGUAACUGUGCGCCUGUCAAAAUGUCGGGCAAUUGGUUACUUUAUUCUCCUUUUGCCACAUGUGGCAUCUUACCCUACUAUUUUUUUUUUUUUUAAUUGUGUUCCUUUUAUUUUUUAUUAUAAAUGAAGUGGAUUAUCAGAAAAUAAAAUUCUGCAUUAGUUUUAUAUUUGCGAUGUCUUACCUGUCUGAGGCACCACAUGCAGUGUAUACUAGAUGGUUUGUUUUUAGCACAGAUCAUGCACCCUGACCUGCCUACUUGGUUUUAAUCUCUCCUCAGUCAUCCAGUAUUACAAAUGGAUGUACUAAUAUUGGUUAGGAAUAUGCUGGUGUCUGUUACUGUAUGUGUUUUGUCAUAUAUUUUGAGAUGUGGUUAUACAUAAAUUACAAUUAUUAUUAUUUUUUUUUUUUUUAACCCUGUUCAUGGAGUGUUAGUGGCUUGUGAACCAUGGGGCUGAAAACGUGUCCACUUGGGUCAAAGGCUGCUAACAUUCCUGAUUUCUAUUAAGAAUAAGGUUUCUUUUUUUAUAGAAUGACAUGACCUUUUAUAGGAGUGAAAUAAAAAUGUGUGUACUUCACAUAAAUCCAGUUCAAAACUGGAAUCUGAUGAGUUACACACUUCAGACUUUCUAUAUUAAAAAGAGUAUAUAUUGUAAAAUGGAAAGUCUUGGUGGCGGCAUCGUAUAAGAAAAUUCUGUUAGUGAAACUGUCUAAAUUAUUGAUUUUAUAUUGAUGCACAUUAUUUGUUUUAUACUGUACAUAACACUGUUGGAAUGGCUUGAGGUGGGUUAAAAGAAGGAACUGAGAGGGCGUAGUUUCAGUUGCUUUGAUGCAAGCUCUUCUGAAGAAGCCCCGUAUUUGCUAAGUGCUUAUUGGUAAAGUCCCCUUUUCCAUGCAAGGAGUAUAGGCAGAAGUCCUGCACCAAGAUCAUUGUGGCUUACAAAGAAACACAAGCUUUUCCCCUACAGAUGUGUAAAAGCCUCCUGAGAAAGAUGUGAUUGCAGCAUUUUGUAAGUAUAGCCCCGUAGUACAUUGGCGUAUAUAUAAAUUAUCACCACAUGAGAUAUGCAGCCCUUGAGCUUUGGCCUUUGGGUUUUUGUACUGUAUACACCUGCCUAGAGUAUACCAUAAAAGUAAUGUAAAUAUGCAAUAAAUUCUAUUACUUCCCA